CCCCGCUCAAGCAGAGGAAGCUUAGCGCUAAGCUACAGCCCCUCAUUUCACGUUCCCUCGUGCCUCUUCCUGUACACAUACAUCCUGUACUUUCUUAGGUAAUCCAUGUCCUCCACCUCCUCUGUCACUGCCGUCAGCGUCUCCGAGCACCAGCUCUGGGAAGACACGCUCUCCACACUCCUGAGCUUAUCGGACUCUAUGCGCAAACGCAAUGCCGAGCUCGAGGCCCGCGUCGCUGAUCUCGAGGUCGAGCUCUCCGUCUGGAAGCAGGCCCACUCCAACACCCUUGAGGACGCCAGCCGCGACUCGAAGACCAUGAAGGCCCGCCUCGCCACGCUCAACGGCCAGGUUGCGAGCAUGGAGACGUUCAUGAACCAGAACCAGCUCGUGCUGUGCGUCAUUGACGGCGAUGCGUGCGUCUUCGACGAGGCUCUUCUCCAGCAGGGCCUCGAAGGCGGCCGCCUCGCCGCACAGCGCCUCACCAAGGCUGUGGCGGACUUCCUCACCCUCGAGGAGGAGUGUGUGCUCGGCCGUCUCUCUUUCUGGGUUUCUGUCUAUUUCAACCGCUCGGCGCUCGUCAACUCUCUGGCGAGGACCAGCACAUGCAGUGUGGAGCAGUUUAACGCCUUUCUCAUGGGCUUCGGUCAGGCUUCGCCCCGGUUCCUGCUUGUCGAUACCGGCUACGGAAAGGAGGGGACGUAUGCGAAGAUUGCGGAGUACCUGCAGACGUAUAUUCGCUUCCCGCAGACACAGCGUGUCUUCUUCGCUGGCGGUCGAUCCUCGGCACAUGAGUCUACGCUGAUGGCGCUCAACAAGGACAAGUUACUCGGAAAACUCGUCCUCAUGGAGGAGCGUCCCUCGAUGAUGCUUCCCUUGUCGCCUGUCAGCCUAGUGGACGAAGCCUUUCUCCCACCGCUGCCUCGCCUGCGCCUCGAUGGGCUCUUCAUGCGCGAUGAGCUUAACGCGACCAAGGGACCUCUCCCACUUCACAUUGAUGUCGGAACUCCGUCACGCAUGGUAUGCAUGAGUGGAGGGCUGCCAACUCCACGCUCGCCUCCAAACACGGCACCUCCAACCAUUAGCGGAAGCCGCUUCGUUGACCCCUCCUUGCCCCUUCAUAAACAGACGCCACCGCCCUGUAACGAAUUUUAUCUUAUGUCUUGUACUAAAGGCGGGAGCUGCAAGUAUUCGCACGAGUACCUGCUUACUGUCGAGCAACUUGCAACGCUCGGCGCAAACGCCCGGAAGGCGCCGUGUAAUUUCCUCAAGAAUGGCCUGCCAUGCCCAUAUGGCGAGCGGUGCUGCUGGGGCCAUGUGUGCCCUAAUGGGAACAAGUGCUUCCACCUUAGCAAGGGCAAGUGCUGGUUCAAGGGCGAAUGUAUGCAUCCGCCCGUGUAACGUCAAACUGUCACCAACUUGGAUUCCAAAGUUCUGCGUAAAUCAAAAAAUGGAACACGCGCAGUUUCAAUAAUUCCGUAUUCGCCGGACCGCUUGUUAUUCGGUCUGUGCAGUGCAGUGUACCGUCCUGUCAUCGCUAUACCUUUCUCCGCUCUCGUGAUAUACUCGCUAUCUAUCAUCUGCACCAACCGGCAAACACAAUACCAGGAGCAUUGGAUCUUAUUGGCGCGUUCUGUUUUUUACAGCGUCAAUGUUCAACGUUUAACCAGCUCCACGAUUUUUCACGUUCUAUUUACU